AUGGUGCGACCUUCCCCAGGCGAAGGCUUGGGCUGCUUCGCGACCACCGACAUCCAACCCGGCACUCUUAUCCUCAGCGAAACCCCCCUAUUCAGCGUCGCAGAGCCGCGAACAAACUCGGCAGUCACAACAGCAUUCGCAAGUCUCGACAGCGCCCAACAACUCCAAUAUCUUACCCUCUACGCCCAGAAUAGCCACGCCAAGCAUGAUGACGCCGCCAGGGUAAUCGACGUAUUCAAUUCCAACGCCUGGCAAACCGGCUCUCGCACAUCCAUCUGCCCUCUCGCCGCGCGCUUCAACCACUCGUGCGUCCCCAAUGCAAGUUUUGCGUGGAACGCACGGCUGGGCCAAAUUACCAUCUACGCCAUCGUCUCCAUACCAGCCGAUACGCAGAUCAAGCUAAGUUACGAGCGCCCCUACCAAACCACCAGUUCGCGACGUGCCAAACUAUCCGCCUACGGCUUCACUUGUGCCUGUCCCGCAUGCAGUGAUGCUUCCUGCUGCAGCGACGUCCGUCGUUCACGCAUGCUGUUGCUGGACGCGCGUAUCCGGACAGGACGGCGCCAGCUGUGGAGAUCACCCGUGCCGAAGGCCGCGUUAGAACUGAUCCGGCUGCUCAAAGAGGAAGGGUUGGUGGGGGAGGCGCUGGGCCUGGCGUAUCAUGAUGCUGCUUUGGGUUGGAAGAGACAUGGGCGGCUGGACUUGGCUGUCGGUUGCGCGAGGAAGGAGUUGGAGGUUGCAGUCAUGUGUUUUGGGAUUGAGAGUCUGGCGGUGGAAGGGAGUAUGGCGUUUUUGGUGGGGUUGAAGGGCGAGGCUGGGAAGAUUGAGAAAGCGCGAUGUACGGCUAAUACGUUGGAAGUGUUCGAGGAAGAUACUGGGUAA